AUGGUCUUAUCCAAGAUUUGGGAUGUUGUUUGCAAGGAUCUCACCAACAGUGUUGUCUACUUUGAAACUGCUCAAGAAGCAUGGAUGGACCUGCAAGAACGCUUUUCACAAGGUAAUGCUGCUCAGAUUUAUCGCAUUACUCGUGACAUUUCAAAUCACGUUCAGGAUCAACUGACUGUCCUGCAAUAUUUCACCACACUUAAAGGAUUUUGGGAUGAUAUUGAUUCCCUAACUAUCACCCCAAAAUGGUCAUGUGGUGCAGUCAAAGAAAUCACCCAAUUGAAACAAAAUGAAAUGGUCUUUCAGUUCUUGAUGGGUUUGAAUGACUCUUUUUCCAAUGUGAGGAGCAAUAUCCUUACUAUGGAUCCAUUGCCUUCCAUGAACAAAGCAUAUGCUUUGAUUCUUCAAGAUGAACGAGCUCGUUCAGACAACAAUUAUGCCAACCAAUUUCGCGGAAGGGGCAAUGGAUGUGGAGGCCGAAGAUGCGACAGACCCCGUUUUGAUCACUGCGGAUAUUUUGGCCAUGUCCGGGAUCAAUGUCACAAACUCCAUGGAUGGAAAACUCCUCGUAACAAUGUCACUGCUGCAAACACUAGCAACAAGGAUAAUAAUAGAUCGGUCGAAAACUCUAUAGUUGUUCACCUCUCUCCAGAGCAACAUUCCCAACUUAUGUCCUUGUUGAACAUUGACAAUAGCAUAUCAUCAGCCAACCUGGACCUAGCAACGAAGACGGUGAUUGGUCUAGGUCAACGUGACUUCGCUUCCAAGCUGGCCUACCCAUCAUUUUCUGGGGAGAAUGUGUUUUACCCGUCAGAUACCUAA